ACCAACAUAUAACCACAGGUAGACACAUUCAUAUACAUAAGCACCUGCACAUACACACAUACACAAGCUUACGCACAUGCCUACACAUGCCAGCAUAUGGAAAGAUUUAUUUCCGUUUCCGUUGCUUAGGGCAACUAACACCAGAAUAGUUUGUUGAAACAGGACAAACUUGUCUGCUUCUGCUGAACAGGAAUAUUAUAAACGGAGCCGAUUUUUUAUGGUGUGAUGUUUAAUACUCAAUUUUACGUGUACGAAACUCACUGAAAUCUCUGAAUACCAAACAUUUGCUACGAUACUUGAAGUUUAGCCAGUCACGAUGGAAUAUACAACAUCAUUAAAAAAAGACAAAAUCUUCACACCCACUCCGAAGAUGCUACUAACUGUAGACGAUUCUAAUAUCUUCCGAACUGCCACAUUGAAAAGUAAACGGUCUACAAUUUCGAAAAGUUGGAACCCAAAUCUUUCGAAGACGCAGCACAGUUGUUGGUCUCCUUUGAUGCAGAGACCGAUGGGACAACAACUUUUCAAGGAAAGAGUUGAAUUAAUUUCUCAUUGGUUCGAUUUAUGGACAGAAAGCCAGCGAAACGAAUUUUUUGAUCAAAUGUUGAGCAAGUGUCAUAACAUACAAUAUGCUCACGUUCGGAAUUGGUUCAAUGAAAGAGUUCCAUUACAACACAUCGACUUUACCAGACUUCUUCCAAGAUUCUUAUCUUUGUAUAUAUUUUCUUUUUUGGAUCCCAAAAGUCUUAGUCGAACCUCACAAGUUUCUUGGUACUGGAAGUUCCUCACAGAACAGGAGAGCAUCUGGAUGCCUAAAUGCAUCAAAAGAGGAUGGUACCUUCCAUAUAAUACAAAUCCUGAUGAAUAUGGAAACUGGAAACGUCACUACAUUACCUGUGUCUGCACUAUAGAAUACAUACUUCCAGAAAAGAAUAAUCAGCUUAAUGAUAGCACAGAUGCUAGGAGACGGAAAAGAUCAGCAUCAUUUACCAAAUACGACUCCUCAGGAACUCAAGGUUCUUUAUACAGUAUUCGUCCAGCAUGGAAAGGUCCCGAUUUCAAGCCAAAAGACUUGGAAAAAUCAUUUUAUGCUUUCCUCUACGGAGCUGAACAAAAUAUUCAGAGUACCGCCAACUAUAAGACCACUCAGCCUUACACCACAGUUUACAACAAGUGGAAGAUACAUACGAACGAAAACAGUUUUGUUAAACGUUCUCUCAAUAUAAGUCAUACGGUAGACCAACUCAGCUCGUUAAAUACUAUUCAGCAACCGCUAGAAAAAGUGGAUUACCGUUCCCGAUUGCUACUGUCAGAAACACAAGCUAUAGAAAACUUCAAUGAAACUCGGCUGCGGUACCUUAUCGAACAGCCCUGGGAAUUCAACUGGGAUUUGUCCUUUCAUAAUCCAAUACAAAGAAAGUCGAACGGAGUCGUAAACGUUGAAUAUUCACGUAUUGUACUGAUAUCCUCUAGAAUAGCAGGUUACGAGCUUCUAUUCAGUGCCACGCAUCCCGACGUUCUUGCAUUAAUUUACGACUAUGAGGGUUCUACAGUUGACAGCCUGCGUCUUCAAACUGAACAAAUAUUGUCAGGAAGAUACGUGAAGAGUAUUGGUUUAUUUUGCCACGAAGAAGAACCAGGAAGUAUUUUACUCGUGAACGAUUGCUGCGUUAAUUUGAAAAGCCGUCGCACAAGAUCUGACAUCAACAUAUUUUUUGAGACAUUAUCAUGUAAUAUUGUCAGUUCGGAAUAUGGAGGACAGUUUGAUAUUUUUUCCCCUCUUAUUGCAUCAGAAAACGGGACUGAUUUAAUGGUAGAACUUAAAUCGGUGACAAAUAUGAAAUUUUCAUCUCCAUCUUCAGUUAUAGGAGGACCAAAGAAAGUGCUUGGCAUUUGGUUAUAUGAAAAUCACGAGUUCGCAGGCUGUUCUUCACUGAACUACUUCGAUAAGAACAAGCUAAACAGUUGGGUUAACACGGCGAAGCUGACAGAGGAAGCUGUAUCCCAUUGCAAACAGAACCUCGCUCUAUACUUCGACCAAUUCCAACAGAACAUUAUGUACCGACUUGUAGGUGAAAUCAUAUUUGACGUAAUGGGACAAUUUCCAACAGAAAUGUGUCGGGUGACCGAUGUUUUGUCUGAAGCCUUAAUUUCAACAAGAAACUCUAAAAAUCAGGGAGAUUCUUUACAACAUCUCACUUUGAUUCUAAUGGAGAAAUGUGGCUUAAAACAAGAUGCUUUUAAACAAAUGAAAGAUGAACCGAAAGAUGGAAUUCGUGAUGAUAAACAGCAAAAUGUUAUUUCAAAUUCCGGAAGCAAGAUUAACACGUCCACGGGCAAUAUUUGCGUAAAUCACAUAGAUACAGAUUCCAAAUUAUUUUUGAAAAAUAACACAAUGAAAACUGUGGAAUCGAACUCUGCUUCUGGACAUUUGCAAGUAAGCUCUAUGCUCAGAAGAAAACAUGUUUUACAUGUGGCUGGUAAAAUAGUUGCCCCUCCAUCAGACAAGAGACGAUAUAUAGCCUCAGAAAUAAUAAAUUCAGAAAUGGACUACGUGAGAAUGCUUUCUGGUUUUAAAAACAAAUAUUUCAAGCCUUUAAAAUCUGCACUAGAGUCGAACAGGCCUAUUAUCAGUCAACAAAAUGUGGAAAUAAUUUUCACUGAUAUACUGAUCAACCUUAAAUUACACAGGAAACUCUGUGAUGAUUUGAAGAAACGAUAUUCAGAAUGGGAAGGAAUGUCUACCUGCUUCGGUGAUAUUUUCGUCAUAUUCUGUCAAAAUUUAGGAACCUACGUAAAUUUGGUGAACAACCAUGAAGCGAUCCUGCGAUGUAUUGAGCGUUGUAGAGAGCAUAUGCCGAUCUUUCGUGCAUUUCUAUUACGAAACGAACGUAAACCAGAAGCCAAGAUGUUGACCCUUCAGGAGAUUCUACUAACGCCAAUGGAACGUAUUGAAGAAUACGUGUAUUUACUGACCGCUUUGCUGACGCAUACGGCUAUGGACCACUCAGACAGACCAGACCUAUUCAAAGCUAUUGACGCUUUUAAAGAAGUGAAUUCUUUCAUUCAACAGACAAAACUGCGUCGACAGCAAGAGCGACAACUCCAGAAGCUACACAAGACUAUAAUAAACUGCCCCGGAUAG